GGAUGUGUCAGUUGGACGAGCCUUGGGGAGUCGAUUGGGAAGUGGUUUCGCAAAAAUAUUAGGCAAUUGCAUGAAAAUUCGUGGAAAAAGCCAAGGGAAAAUCAUUUGAAAACGUGUGAUAUUAGCUAAAUAAUCAACUUAGGUGAAGAAGUGCAGUGUAAAUUGUUGGUAUUAGGGAAAAAGUGUGUCCCCAAUAUUUAUCGAUUACCUUAUGUUGGGGUACGUGAGGAAAAAAGCAUAAUUUAAUUGGCGAAAACAAGGUGAAAAAUGUCGUAAUACCCUUUAUGCGCCACGAUAUCCAUUGUCUGGACAGAAUAAAGAAGUCUGUGGGCGGAAAAGAGGCCCCAAAUUGGGUGGAUUUGCCAGACAAAUAGUGCUGAGGAAGUGAAACAGGUGUUAAUAGUGCACCUUUGGAGGUGAACUUGUGCACGUCCGGAACGACUUGAUGUUGCCCAGGAGGGCGCUUUUGGUGGAUUGUACUUAAAGAGAGUGUCUGAAUAUGUCUAAUCCCAUUCCACCACUUGUUUGCGACUCACCACCGCCGAUUGAUGAUGACUUUGAGCCUUCGGAUGACGAUUUUGGGGCCUUCGAGGGUGCUGAAGAGUCAAUGUCACCGCGGGAAGAGAAAUCAUCAUCGGUGGAGGCGAAAUUCGAAUUGCCCGUGCCGGAGAUACACAGUGUAGCGGAAGCGUGUGAUGUGGAGACUCUUCCGCAGCGGGAAGAUCCGCUGGGUGAGGCGGAGGAGCAUCAGGAGCAGGAGGUGAAGGAGGAUGUGGAGAAGAGUGCACCAGCGGAGCAGGAUCUUCGUCUGGGCGAUGAUGUGGUCGUGAAGAGGUGCGAAAGUCCUCCGUCGCUGGUGCUGUCUGAGGACUUCAGCCGCUUCCCUGACGAACCGCCAGCCGACAGCAACUCCUCCGACGAGGUCUCCUUGCCAUCGCUCCACCUGGACUCCGGCGGGGAGUCCAAGAGCGUGACGCCCACGUUCGCACCCGUGCCAGACAAUACAGACGCCUUUGUCAUCGCCGAAGAUGACAAAGUGGGUCACGAUGCAGAGGAGAGUUUUGGCGAUUUCGCCGAAUUCACCAGCGCUGCGGCUCCCGUGAGUGCAAUCAGUUCAUCCGAGCCUGAGAAAAGUGCCGCGGAGACGAUAGACUUUGUCGCGGACUUCAGUCAAUUCGACGCGUCCGCGAGUGCGGUUGUGAGUGCGAAUCAAUCGAGAGACAAUCAACUCGAGGACGAUGAUGAGUUUGGGGACUUUAGUGAUUUUCAGCAAGAAGCAGCAACGACAGCUGUGAUAGAUACCACCAAUUUAAAUAGUCAAUUCCUGUCUGCGCUUGACCUCUUGUUUCCCAAGGCGCCUGAGAGUGCCGAUGAGGAGGCGCGAGGAGUGAAGAUUGAUGAUGAGACGGCGAAGAGUCAAAUUCUGGAGGACUUGCGGGACUUCGAGGCGUCAAAGGCGAUUCAAUAUCAGUGGCUGAAUUCAUCGUCAAAUCAAUGUCUAAUUCGAUCGCUGGGCAUCGACUCGAGAAAUAUUCUCUACGGGGGAAAAUGGAACAGUUCAAUGCCUCGAUUUGCUGCAAAUCUGGGCUUCAGUCCGCUGCAGCCGAUGAAACCGGGCGCUGGAGCGUCGUCGGCAUUCAGCAUGUCGCAGACGCGAAGCGAUGCCGCGAGUGCAGGAGUGACGGAAGUGCCGGCGGCGCAAUUCGACUGGACAUCCGCCGGACUCGUGAAUCCACUGGAUGAAUAUGAAAAAAAUCAUCUUCUUGUAAUUGAUCCAGCGUCACAAGCACACACUUUACUAUUGGACCUAGAACAACUAGUGGUGGUGGCUAAUCUUGAUAAAAUAAACCUUGAUUCCUCCUCUUCAUGCUCUGUGGCGGUCCAUCGAACGCCUGCCGAUGAUGCUUGGGCUGACGUUGCGCCGGCGACCGCGCGUCAUCUGAUCAACAUCCGUGCGUCGGAUGAUGAUGAUAAAUCGCUUCACGAUGGACUCGAUUGGUCCAUUUUUGACAAUAUCCAUUCAAACUCCUCCAAAUCUCUUGCAUCCAAUGGUGAUGGAUUCACUAACAAAUGUCCUAAUAAACAUCUUCACAACUCCUUCGACACUUUUUUGGACAUCAGCGCCCCAAAAGUCCUACCGAAGCCAGACGAUUCAGAAGAUCCGCAAGACCAGUCUGAGUCUGUUGCGGCGGCCGCGCCUGCAGCAGCCGCUGAGCCAGGCGACGUCGUCGUGGCGAAGGAAGUGAGUGCCGCCGGUGUGCGACCGACGCCGCAGGCCGCCUUCAGUCAGCCGCUCAGGGAGACGCACAUCUUCACGCCCAGCAAGAGCAGCAAUCCCGUGGCGCGCGACGUGGUGAGUGAGCUGGGCGAGAGCAAGGUGGUUGUGAAGGAGUAUCGCGAUGUGGAGUACAAUCCGGACAAGGUGGCGGCGGCGGCGGCGGCGACGACGCGCCUUGAUGAUGACUUCUCGGACUUCACGGAGUUCAAAGGGGCGGAAGUGGUGAAGCAGGAAGUCGCUCAGGAGGUGAUACAGAGAAAUCCACCCACUGAGUCUCCUUAUCGGGCGCCACAGAGCGCCGUGGCGUUCACAAAGCCCACGUUCGGCGUGUCGCCCACGGAGGAGAUUGUGAAUGGUGGGAUGGCGAGUCCGGAGGAUGACUUCAGUGAUUUUCAGUCUGUGACACCACCACAUUCCGCCGCCGGCAGCCAAAUGGCGCCUGUGCUGCAGCCACUGAGUGUGGCCAAGCUGACGGAGGGCAGUCCGAAGAUUGCCUGGCCCAGUCCGGGCAUCAAUCCGGACGAGAUGGCGCGCCUGGAGGCGAUUUUCCCGCAGAAGAGGCCGGAGAAGGUGGAGAUGAAGGUGGCGGCGAAGGGCAGAGAUGAGGAUGAGUGGUCGGACUUUGUCUCCGGAAACAUAUCCACGUCCAAUCGCGAUGACGACUGGACGGACUUCAUGAGUGGCGGCGCUCCGGCGCAGAAGGCGCUACAACAGGGGCCAAACUUCAGCUCGUGGACCACGCCGCAGCUGCCGCCGCCGCAAUUCACCGCCUGGCAUCACAGCAACAUCUUCAAUCCGCCGCAAUUUGGCGGUCAGGCGACGGACAAGGUGAUGAACAAUGGCCAGAUCAAUGGAUUCCCUCUCGUCAAUCCAUCGCUGGCGACCAUCACGAGUGGGAAUCAGCGAUAUCCGGCGGGCAGGCGGGUGGCCAGGGAUCCGCAGAGUAUUUCUGUGAUUCCGGACAUGAGUUUCCGGGCGCCAAAGUCACUGAUAAAUCUGCCGCGUUCGGGCUUUGCCAAGAAAUGAUUUUU